UGACUAUCAUUGGGAUGAAAGUGACGAGCCGAAUAGUCUUUGUUGUCUUGUUGCCUUUGGUGAUUUUGACGGAGGUAAACUUUGCUUUCCCAAGUUAAAAAUAAUUGUUCCACUUUGUCCUGGGCAACUCCUUCUUUCAUCAUUUGCAGGACUUUUUUCUGUAUAUAAUGACCUUAAAACUAGUGUAGAGAGAGAUACAAAAGAUAAUGUUGUUUCUGGACCAAUAUGGCGUCAAAAUCUUGAAGAUGCUUGCAAGUUGAACCGCCAGAUACAUCUUUUUAAACCGAAGACAGAGCAAAUACAAAUCUCUCCACAACCUUCAGAUCGUAGAAGAGGAUGUAUUGAUUUGUCACGUACCAGACAUGGAUUAAAGGCAGAAGACCCAUUAUCUAAUUCAUAA